AUGUGUAGUAAAAUUCUUUCUGCAUUUGAGGAUCGCAUUGAAAAUCAUACUGUUAUCAAGUGUACUUCCAACUGUGAGACUUGCAGUGAAGAAAUCCUGACCAUGAAUGCGGUAAAUGAGCAACAACUGAAGACUAAUGUUGAGAUCAUUGAGGAGGAGGAGGAGAAGGAAAUGCUGAGUGUGUGCCUAAUGUGUAAAAGUGUCUUCCCGAGCACAAAUAUUUCACUGGAGCACCUCAAGACUCAUCACAAAGUGUCACAUGAUCAGAGUUAUCUCUUUAUCAGGAAGAUUCCCAGUAAUUGCAUAUCUGACUGUAAGAGAAUACAAAGUGCCUGUAUUUGUAUGAUCUGCAAGAAGACCUUUGUGAAUAAGUACACCUGCAUAACACACAUCAACACUUAUCACAACAAGAAGAUCAAUUGUAAGUCAAUCAACUAUAAUAAGUGGUACAGAUCACUCUCAGAAGAGCCAGAAGAAAGUACAUCACAAGAAGAGAGCGUCAGCAGCAAAUCCGAUUCUUCUUAUUCAUGCUGCCUCUGUGGAAAAAUUCUUUCCUGCAAGUCUUCAUGCUUGAGACACCUUCGGAAGCAACACAACAUCAAUGACGAAAGCUUCUGCGACGAUCCUUUGACGCUAUGUAAGAAAUCAGAGGCAAAUGGUAAAUCAUCUCGGAUUCCCACAAAGACCGUUUGCCUUCUUUGCUACAAAGUUUUUCAGAGGAAGUCUAAUUGUUUCCAACAUCUUCUUGUGAAGCACAAAAAAGAUGCAAAAAACGAUGAAAAGUCUUCUGAAUUGUUUGUAGAGUUCAAAUGCAAGACAAGUAUUGUGCAGGAAUCAUCGAUCGAGGAGAACUCAGAGAAAUCCAAGAAAAAAUGCUACCAAUGUGACAUCUGUGCGAAGCUCUUCAAAUCUCUCGCUUUCCUGAAAAGACAUAUGAAAACUCACCAGGAUAUUCCUCAAUUUUCAUGCAGCCUCUGUGAAAAGUCCUUCCGUGGCAGGAAAUCCCUAAAGUAUCACGAAGACUUUGUUCACAAACUGAUUUAUCAAUUCUCCUGCCAGAUUUGUCAGAAAGUCUUCUCAACUGCACUCACGCUGAGGCAGCAUCAGACAAUUCACACCGGCGAAAAGCCCUUCACGUGUGAUCUCUGCCGGAAGGACUUCCGCUUAAAGUCUUCCCUUGAGUAUCACAUGAAAAUCCACUCAGGCGAACGUCCGUUUGUCUGCUCCUUCUGCUCGAAGGUGUUCAAAUCCCGUAAAGACUGCAAAAAUCACGAGAGAGUUCACACACGCCAGAAACCAUUCGCGUGUCGUCACUGCGGAAAAGCCUUUGGCCACUCAUCUGCACGAUACAAGCACGAAAAGAGUCACGAAAGGUUGUAA